CCCAACCACCUCUAAAAUUAUACAACAACCACCCCCACCGCCACAAUCAUCAACAACAACAACGAAGUUGUUGAUUUUUCAUCCCCCACCCCAUCUCCCUUCUGCUCCCUCCACCCAAACAACCGCCAAGUUUCUCAUUCCCCAGUCCGUUGGGGGUGGGGGGGGAGGGCUACAUCCAUCGUGGGCCGGCACUUUUGGACGCGGGCCGUGUUGGUGGUGGUGGUGGAGAGGAGGAGGAGGAGAGAGAAGGAGGAGAGAGAGGAGAAGGAGGAGAGAGAGAAGGAGAAGAGAGGAGGAGGAGGGAGGGAGGAGGAGGAGACUCCACCGUGCGGAACCGGCGGCUCAUGGCGGCAGAGACGGAGGCGGCGCGGCCAGCAACGUGGUGGAUGCGACGCGGCCACACAGCGUGCUCUGCGUCGCGUGCCGCCCUGCUCGAAUGAACCAUGCAAGGGAGUCCAUCGGAGACCAUGCCAGACAAGAUAACACCCAGUACGGAAGCUCCAGUCAGUUUGGAUUCAACAACCCUGCUGGAGGAGUCUGUCACAUUUAUCAUGGAGGCCUCCUGCCCCUCUCUGCAGCCAGAUAUGCCAUCCGUGGAGGCCAGCGUCAUUCUUGAGGAGCCAGAUAACCUGACGGGAAUGCUGAGUGAUCAUUCUGAAAGGCCUACUAGCUCGCCGGAGGGGUCAAGUAGUCCAUCCGAGGAAGCAUCUAGCCCAGUUGAAGCAGAAAAGGGCAGUAUUGCGUCGGAAGGCGGUGAUGAUGAUGACUCUACUGCAGAAAAGACUGGGUACAAGGAGCCCAUCCCAGAAUCCACAGCGGCGCAAGUUAAUGAGAGUGGGAAAUCGAAGAAGAAAAAGAAAAAGCGAUCCAAGGCUCCUCGUUUCACAAAACAGCAAGUGGAGGAAGGUGCCACUCCUGACUGUUGUGGGGUUGCUAACGUGGCUUCUGCUGAGGCUCCGAGUGCCCACCCCACCCUGCUUACUACACCAGGGGGUACAGAUAGCCCCACUGCCAAAGCGUUGCAGGUCCCCACCAACCCCCUAGCUUCCAACCUCACUCCGGCUGUCAAUGGCCCAACAGAAACCUCAUCCAAGAAGAAAAAGAAAUCAAAGGCCAAGCCACGUGGGCCAGUUGUCGAGAAGACCCCAGAGGGAGCAGGACAUAUGCCGCAGGUCAUACCCAUGCAGGAUGCAACUCAGAAGGGCAAACCUCCAGCAGCAGAGGGCAGCAAAGAGUCGACCAAGAAGAAAAGCAAGAGCAAGAACAAAGCAGGAAGAGCACCGGAUGCUGGGAAUCCUGAAACCUCUGGAACCCCCUGUCCCUCCACCAACAUCACUGUGCCUUCUGGACUCCUCCCUUGUCCUGGAUUGAUCCCUAAAGCCAAACUGGUUAAAGAACCUGUUCUGGAGCUGAAGGAUUCUACAGGAGUUGAUGUGGCAGAGUUUCUGACCGACAUCUUAAAGAAUAACCCCAGAGACAGAAUGUUUCUGCUGAAGAUGGAGCAAGAUAUUUUGGAGUUCAUAAAAGACAGCAGUGCGAAUAUACACUCGCUGUCCCCAAUGACAUCUUAUCACCGGCUGUUGGCGCACCGUGUCGCCACACACUUUGGCUUGGAGCACGCGGUUCUUGGACCCAAGGGCACCACUUUGAUGCUUCACAAGACUGCGAAUACUCGCAUUCCCCUGCAGCGAUUCAAAGAGCACUUUGCAGUAGAGGAGAGCAGCCCCACCCCUCGCAAGCUCAUCCUCAAGCGCGAGAGCCCGCCAGCCAGCUCGCCGCAGUCUCACGGUCCAGCCAUGGCACUGGACCGACGCUCCAAAUCGCUGGAGGAGCGCGAAGAAGAAUAUCGGCUCGCGAGGGAGCGCAUCUUCAACCAGUCGCCCAUGCAGAGUGAGCCCAGCAAGCCCAACGGGAACGGCAAGGGAGAGAAGAGCGGUGAGCGCAGCGCUCCACCGGGGAAGGUGGGGGGGCUGGGCGUGCGGCGAAUGCACAGCGCCGAUGCAGAGCCAGGAAGUUGGCACCCGUCACGCGCAGGCGUGUCCGUGCUGCGGAGAGCCGAGAGUGCCGGUGAGGGCGGAGGGAUCGCCACACACGCCACCUCUGCUGCAGCGCAGAUGAAUGUUGCCGAGACAGCCGUGCAUUUUGGUGAAAGUCGGUGCUCCACGUUGGUCAACUGCCAGUCCCAGAUGCCCCGGGGACCUGCACUUACACAGGAUGGGGGCCGGAUGGUUCACAUGCGCGGGGAUCCCAGGUUUUCAGGACAGACCCAGCCCAGUGCAGGUGUGUGCUACCCUGCCGGCCCACCUUCUCAGCAGGCUCUCCUUAACCACUGGGCCUUGCAGAGGUCGCCCUUCCUGCCUGCCGGGGGCGUGCCGUCACCCGGCCACGCCGAGCUCCCGUGCGGCCAGAGUCCGCAGCACGGCCCUCCGUCGUGGGGGCGUAACAACAACAACCAGGCUUCUGGGCCCCCUCGGAGCACGCAGAUGCAUGGGGGGCAUGCAGGCCAUGGGAACCGUGGCCAUACAUCUACUGGCAACCGAGCUCUCCAGCAACAGCAGAGCCAGUCCUUCAGGGAUGUGGAUGGUACCCAGGGCUUACGUGAGCAACAGUACAUGGGGCUCCAACACACUCCUACAAGCAGCUCCAGUGCCACCAUGCCCCAUCAGCAUCACAACCAGCAGUGGAGAGGCCCCCAGCCAAACCCAUACCAAGCCAUGUGCAACACAGCGGUACCCUUAGGAUCCAUGGGAGCGCAGUGCUCGCACAAGCAGUUUGCCUCAUCGGUGGCCCAGGCCUGGCAGCCAGAUGCCCAGACGGCACACGGAGCAUUGCCCACUGGGCAGAGCAUGCCCAUGAAUCUGAGGACGCCUGAUCUCAGGGAAGGGAACAACGGUCCAGGGACCCAGCACCACUACGGUUUGACUGGCCCUGUCCGGAACCCGGCGCAUGCAAAGCAGAACUCCCAGAAUGUGCCCAGGGGGGGGCAGAUACAGUAUCGUCAUUGGCCCCCGGGACACGUGGACCACUACUCCACACAGAGUGUGCAGGGCCAAUACCCAAUGCACCCAGGUCCUGGGCCACCAGGGAAUUAUUCAUCCCAGAACGCCCGUGGCCACUAUUCGACUCAGGGGCCCCUGGGUCACGUUGGGCAUUAUCCCAGCCAAGGGGGGAGGGUGGCAGGCCCCGGUGGGCAUGGCCUGCAGCACGUGAUGCCCAAUGGAACGUCUCUGAUGCCACCUUCCCACCACGAGGGCGUCAGCUUCCACGCGCACACUCUAUCAGGAAUGCUGGGUCCAGGUGGAUGUCCCAUUGCAGGGGAGGCAGAGGGGGCCAUGCAUCAGCUCAACAUCUCCCCACCGGCGUCUGCGGAGAGGGGAAGCAGACGAGGAGGUGGCAGCUCCGGCUGGGAGAUGUCCUUGAUGUACAGUGCAGAUAAAGUCUCAUCCCAGGUGCCCGGGGGGUCCCAGCUGCAGGAGGCAUGCGCGCCCACACAGCACGCACGGACUGACGGCCCGCCCGCUCGGCCGCCCCCACCCUGGUACCCGCAGCAGUACAGCAGUGCCGCUCUGCACUCGGGUCACGGUAACACAGGCCUUGACCACCGGCUGGCUGUGGGCGUGGCGACCUCCGAUGUCCCCAAUGGGUACCCGCACGCGCUUGCGUCCGCACUCGUGGGUGGGACGGAGCAGACAAAGACUGGGAAACGCAAGGGGCGUGGGAAAAAGGGGGCGCGGCAGCCCCCGCUCGCGCCACCUGAACGUCUUCACUCUCAAUCCCACAUCCAACCACAUAUGAUGGAGAUGCAGAGGUGACCUCUUGAUGUGGAAGCAUGGGCCGGCAGAAUCACAAUCGUCAUGGGUCGACCAGAGGACAGAGUGUCAGUGGGUCAUGUGGCUAUCUGUGUGCUCAGGAAGACUGAUUAAGUCAUUGGUCAACAGGAGGGAUGCUUUUGCCCUGAUCGACCCCUUAUUUUCCAUUAAUCUUUCUUUCUCACGUUGGCUUCCCCUUCCAAAGCUUGCUCCACUUCUCGCAUACAUUCACCCACAACCCCAGUGUAAACUUCCAGACAAUCACUGCCAAGUUCACCCCCACACUGCUGCCCCAAGUGUGCACUGCUUUUGUGCCACCAGCUUUGCUCUUGAAUCACUUGCACGUUCCUGUGCCUAACCACUUGCACUCUAUGCACACCACAUCCCGUGUCCCCCCCAUGCCUAUCCAUUUUAAGAGGUACUGCCAGCUCAGCUCAGUCGGAACAGAAAAAUCGGACCGUUUGGACGAAUUACUACCAAGUGCUGCUGUUCUCUUGUGACACGAAGUUGUACCUUUGUUUGUGACCGUCUUAUUCCGUUGAUCAUAUGAAACAUCACAGCAUUGGUGGUCGUGGCCACAAUGGCUCGUUAACAUCCAUGUCACGGAAAGUCAUUGCAAACAUUUUAAAAUAUUAUAUUCUUUGGGUCUUUCGGUAAAGUCAUGUCGAUAGGUUCAAAUAAAAUAAAAAUAACAAAAAACUACGACGUUUCGAUCACAACACAAGCGAUCGUCAUCGGGAGGAAAAAAGGUGGAGAAAGCUUUCCCCCGCUUUUUUCCUCCUCUUUUUAAUUUUCUUUGAACCUAUCUACGUGACUUUACCGAAAGACCCAAAGCAUAUGAAUUCUGCAGUCACGAAAGCUUUAAGUCAAGAUUUUAAAAUAUUGUUUAAUAUUCAGACUCGUUAAGCAGUGUCACACCACAUUCGUCACUGGGUCUGAUUCUACUAUGGUUGGAGGCAGAGAGUUUGCUUGCUCUACCUGAGAGAUGAUAUAACCACUCGGCAUCACCUGGGCACAUCUGCUGAAUGAUCGUUUUGCCGGUGUUCUGCCUUACUCGUGCCACAGGCAUUAUGUAGGCAUUGUAUUUUACUUGUUCUGUACACACUUGAGCAAUGGUGGGUAAAUUGCUGAUGAAUGCGGUGCCCCACUCAUAUACCCCAAUCACGCAUUCUGUUCAUCUCUAUUCCAUACAUCCCUCCAGGCCCUCACAAAUUUUAAAGUGGUUGUAAUUGUGCCAACUAAGGGGAAGGCCAGUAAUCUGGUAAACCUUGUGUGUGAUUGUGUGUGACAAUUGAGAUCCUUAAUGUUCAUCACAAACAGCAGUCAGGUGUAUUUUGUUAAUUGCUUGUUUUAAACUUGAAUCAUUUUCAAGAAAAAAAAUUGGAUGUUGAGAACACGUUAUUUUACUUAAAAUAUAUUUGAUCAUGGGGCAAAAGAACAAUGGUACUCUAGGCUGCAUUACAUUUAUUACAAUGUAACCGACAAUGAGAAAAACAAUUCCAACGUCAUAGUUGUGACCGUGUAACUGAGUUAAAUUGAGCGCUUGAUUGAUUUUGAGCAUAAACGACGAUGCGAAUGUUGAGAGAGUGAGCAAGUAAAUCCGCGUUUGAAUGCUUCCCAUGAGUCACGACAGCACAGCUUUAUGACCGAUUAUGGCAUCGGUAUGGGUGGUGUGUGUGUGUGUGGUAUCAUUGCUUGUGUGCGUGUGCUGACGUGUGUCUAUCACUACUUUGUAUAAACCUCGGUCUCCCUCUACCCCUGGUUUCAAAGACGUCAUGUCGUUGUGUCUGUCAUCCUCACUAUUUGCAGAGGACUCCCACCAAAUUUCAAUAUUAAUGUCGCCUUUCUUAAAUGACAGCAAUAAUGAACUGCAGUUUAGAACUUGGUGAAUAAAUGAUUUUUUUUCCCAAUGUGAAUUGAAAUCUUUUUCUCUUUUGUGUACAUUGCUAAUAAAACAUGUGCAAGUGUUUUGGUGUAUACAUUUACACAGUGCCUUAACUAACAUGUAUGGAUAAACCCCUGUGGGAUUUCAAGAAAAAUUCAGUCCUUUGAUCGCUUGACGUUCUAUCGAGGUGCGUUUGUAUUUUUACAUAAUAUAAAACUUAACUGUUUUCAAUAAAC